CUGCGGACAUACUACAGGAGAUGACCAGAGACUGCAGACACAGUACAGGAGACGACCAUAGACUGCAGACAGUACAGGAGAUGACCAAAGACUGCGGACACAAUAUAGGAGAAGGACCAGAGACUGUGGACACAGUACAGGAGAUGACCAGAGACUGCGGACAAUACAGGGGAUGACCAGAGACUGCGGACAGUACAGGGGAUGACCAGAGACUGCGGACAGUACAGGGGAUGACCAGAGACUGCGGACAGUACAGGGGAUGACCAGAGACUGCGGACAACAGUACAGGGGAUGACCAGAGACUGCGGACAGUACCGGAGAUGACCAGAGACUGCGGAC